CAAGCAUCGGUAUCAAGAAAUUGGAAGUAAAAGGCAAAAGCAUUGACAUCCAGCUAUUGAGAUUAAUUAUUUAUUGAAUGGAUUUUAGUAAUGACAAUAUGAAAAGGUAUGGAGACGAUGAAGAGGCACCUCAAGUGAAACGUACAAGAAAUGAAGAUUACCAAGAAUAUCCAGCGUAUGUGAACGGCAGGAAGGCAUCUUUUGGAGGAAAUCAAGGCUCUGGAGUUGGUAAAUUACAUUAUGGACCUUCUCGACCUGGAAACGUGCCUUCGUCCUCAGGCGCUGCUGGAAACACAGCAGCCACCGGCGAUCGCCAAGAAGCAGAUCAACUGCAGGAUGCUUUGAUAUCGUGUGGUAUUCAAUUAAAAGAAGAAGAAUUAAAUCUUUCUACUUCCUUCUAUGAUCCAGCUUCUCUAAAUACAUUUGCGCUUUCUACUGAAGAUCGAUCGAAAAAGUGCGACUUUUUGAAUUCGUAUACCUUGAUGCAAACAGUCAGCAGCAUUGUGAGCUUACACCGUUUAAAGAGUAUGGAUACUGAUAUCCACGCGCUCAUCUCUAUGGCAGUGCGUGACUACAUGGCCAAUUUGUUGCAAAGAAUGAUUGUCGAAAGCAAUCAUCGUACUGCACGCCUUGAUACGAGAAAUUAUACGCAACUUGAUAAUGUUCGCCAAACCUUAGCGAAUUCCGCUUACAAGGAAUACGAGAGCGAAGAACGAAGACGCGCUGUCUUGAACGUUCGCCGAGCUGAGCACGAAGCAAGACUCGCCGAAUUAAACACAAAUGCAAACAGUGAAGAGGGAUCUUCCAGUCGUCGUAAAAAAGAACAAAGCUCAUCGGCUGCUGCAAAAAAUAUUUCAGAAGAUGCUCAGAACAGGAUGACAAAUGCCACUGCAAGUAUUAUGGCGGGAAGUGCUUUACCUUCCGGUGGUAAGAAAUACUCUUGGAUGGCCACAGACAUUACCCCGGCUACCCCUGCCAUAGGAGGUGGUUUUGGAAUUCGUAAAAAAGAAACCAACACUCAAAAAAUGAUGGCUCGUGAUGGAACAUUACCUAUUCAAACCGAAGAGAAGGGUGUCAUUACCGCUCGCGAUGCCUUAGCGAUCUUGGAAAUGGAUCGUGAAGGUGCUGGACGUAUCUUUGGUAGAGGAGCUCGAGCGAUGAUGCGAGCAUACAUUCGUCUAAAGGACUAGGGACUUUCAAUCGUGCAUUGAUUUUUUUUCUUACGGGAGUGUUGUCAUGAUCGUUUUUGAUUAUUCUUAUGAAGUAUGGGGUUCUGUAUUUGCAAUGGCUUUUUUGAUAGGUAGAUGAUUUCUUUUAAUUGUUACACGCUAGUUUUCGUAUAUAUAUGUAUAUAUACUUAUUUUUUAAU